GCAGCUGCAACGCCAAGCGGAGGAGGCAGGAACCUGAGUGUGAGCAGGAGCUGGGUGGGCACCAUGGCCGGGACCACCACCAUCGAGGCGGUGAAGCACAAGAUCCAGGUUCUGCAGCAGCAGGCAGAUGAUGCAGAGGAGAGGGCCGAGCGCCUCCAGUGGGGAGUGGAGGGAGAAAGGCGGGCCCAGGAACAGGCUGAGGCUGAGGUGGCCUCCUUGAACCGUGGGAUCCAGCUGGUUGAAGAGGAGCUGGACCGCACUCAGGAGCGCCUGGCCACUGUCCUGCAAAAGCUGGAGGGAGCUGAGGAAGCUGCUGCUGAGAGGAGAGGUAUGAAGGUUAGCGAAAGCCGAGCCUUGAAAGAUGAAGAGAAGAUGGCGCUCCAGGAAGUCCAACUCAAAGAAGCUAAGCACAUUGCGGAAGAGGGAGACAGGAAGUAUGAAGAGGUGGCUCAUAAGUUGCUGAUGAUUGAGGGGGACUUGCAGCGCACCGAGGAACGAGCUGAGCUGGCAGAGUCCCGUUGCCGAGAGAUGGAUGAGCAGAUCAGACUGAUGGGCCAGAAUGUGAAGUGUCUGAGUGCUGCUGAAGAAAAGGGCUCUCAAAAAGAAGACAAAUAUGAGGAAGAGAUCGAGAUGCUUACUGAUAAACUCCAGGAGGCAGAGACCCGUGCUGAGUUUGCUGAGAGAUGGGUAGCCAAGCUGGAAAAGACAACUGAUGAUUUGGAAGAGAAACUGAAAUGCACCAAAGAGGAGCACCUCUGUACACAAAGGAUGCUGGACCAGACUCUGCUUCACCCGAACGAGAUGCAGAGCACCACAGUCCUGCCCCGCCACUCCUCCUCCCUCUCACCCCGACUCCACCUCAGGCCAGCCCGCCCGAAGCUGACCUUUAAACUGAGGGCUGAUCUUCAACUGGAAGGCUGCUUUCUCCUUUCGCCACCUCUCCCACCCCCACCCCUGUGUCUUUUUUGCCCACUGUCUCUGCCUCUCCCCAGAGAUUCCAGUUGGGCUAGAGGCUGAGCACCUUUGGGAACAACAUUUAAGGGAAUGUGAGCACAAUGCAAAGUGUCUCUAAAAGCAUGUUGUGAUGUACACACCUUUUUUGUUGUUGUUGAUGUAGCAACCAUUUGUAAAACAUUCCAAAUAAUUCCGCAGUUCUGAAGCAGCAGUCUAAUCCCUUUCUCACUUUUGGAAGGUAACUUUUUAGCUUAACGCAUAUUGCCCUCUCCAUAGAGGAAGGAAAGAGGUAUGGGCCUGCCUUACUGAAAGCCAAACAGAGCCCAGAGAAAGACUCCACUAUGGGAAACCUCAUCACUCUGUACAAAGUACCAGCCAAACCACAAGGGUGAUUCCAGGAGUUAGCAAAAAAGAAAAAAGUGCUGUUCAGGUUUUCAGCUUUAAGGUAUCUUUGGGCAAUUUUAUUUUUAUUUUUUUCAUCAGAAGUGACCAAACAAAUUAAGACGGUGAUACCUCUCUCUGAGACCAAAUCCUUGUCACAUCUCUACUCCCUUCCCAACUACUCAGAGAAUGGAUCAUGUGCACCUUACGUCGAGGUGACCACUUAUCUGCUCUCCUGCCUCCUUGAAAGAAAGGAAGGAAAAUUAUGUUUUGGCCACUGAUUUAGCCAUAUGAAACUCAUCUCAUCACCCUUUUCUGGGUCUGAAACUGCUUUCUCUAAAAGUGCCAUCUCGUUGUGCUUCGUAUCAGUUAGUGCUGGAGAAAUCUUGAAUAGCUUAUGUACGAAACUGUUUCUAAAUUUUAUAUUAUUUUGAAACAUUGCUUCUUGGGGGCUGGGGCAUCCUGGCCACCUCAUUUGGCUGUGAGAGCUCUCUACAGUCUGGGCCGGCAGUGUGCUGAUCUUCUGAAGUUUCUUUCCCUACCCAAUCCUCCCUUUUUGGUGAGGUUUCUGUGAGGUCUAUUAGGUGUGCAUCCUGCAGCUUACUGGCUAAAAAUGUACUCUCCUUUGGUGUGGUCUCUGUGGGGACCAAUUGGGAGAAAGAGAAACCAAUAGUGCAACUGUUUUGAUACUGAAAAUUGACAAGUGUCUUUUUGAAAUAAAGAACCAGUCCCUCCAA